UUACGCUCUUAAGUAACAAACACAACUCACAAUGUUUAGGUUAUGUUUUGUACGCUUCUUGUUAGAUAUCUAUAGCUCCUCUAUUGGCAAGUUUUAAAAUUAAAUAACAUUAAUUGAUGCAAUCAAAAUAAUUUCUAAAACACGAGGUGGAAAAUUGUGCCAUAACGCAACAGAUUAAACAUGGAGAAUGAUAUUUCUGUACCAUGUGUCAAUCACGAUCCAUUGACUGUAGUCGGAUCUUGCAAAUUAUGUUCCAGAGAAUUGACUAAUGCAGAAUUAUUAUCAAUAGUAAUCAAAUGUGCCAAUUUUGCAGCAAUAAAACACAAGGAUCAGAGGAGAAAGGAUGAAAACGAAACACCAUAUAUAAAUCACCCAAUAGGAGUAGCAAAUAUUUUGGUACAAGAAGGCAGUAUUCAUGAUCCUGUUGUAAUUAUAGCAGCUCUUUUACAUGAUACUGUAGAAGAUACUGAUACUACAUUUGAAGAGAUAGAAACUCAAUUUGGUACAGAGGUUUGUAAAAUUGUUAAGGAACUAACUGAUGAUAAAAGCUUACCAAAAGUAGAACGUAAAAGAUUACAAAUAGAGAAUGCCCCUAAAUGCAGUCACAAAGCUAAAUUGAUAAAGCUAGCAGAUAAAUUGUAUAAUUUAAGAGAUCUGCAAAAAGCUAUACCAGUUGGUUGGUCAGAAGAUAGAGUAAGAGAAUACUUUAAGUGGGCUAAAGCUGUGGUUGAUGGAUGUCGUAGAACUAAUUUUAAUCUAGAAAGGGAGCUAGAUCUAAUAUUUGCAAAGAAGGUAUCUCAAGAUAAAGAAAGUUGUACAUGUAAAAGGCCAUUGAUAUCAUAAUGUUAAUGUUUUAUUAAAACAAUAAUUUUAAAAUUGAACAUUGCAAAAUGUAGAAAAAUGUAAAAAUAUAUUUGAAGCAUGAAAUAUUACAUAAUAUUACACAAUAUUUAGGAAGAUAAUGAAAGUUUUUAUAUUAGAUAUAUUUUUUACUGACAUACAAAUUUUAUAAGAUAUACGAAAAGUUGACAGAUCUUGUCAUGAUAUUCUAUAUAUCUUAUACAUACAUACAAGUUAUUCUUAAAAAAAUAAUGUUUCCAGUAAAUAUAUUUUAAUUUCCUAAUUUUUAUUAUAUUUUUCAUAGAACCACAUCAUAUAUUUUGCUAAUGCUUCUACUUCCUCCACAGUAACAGCGUUAUACAUAGAUGCUCGAAUUCCACCUACUAAUCUGUAAUUAAAUAUUAUUAGGUUUAAUUUAAAAGAUAAUAAAACAACAAUAUAUGUGUGUGUGUGUGUGUAAAA